CAGCUUCGCCGUCUCCGUCACCAGCCGAUGGGAAGCAUCGAUACGACGAUAAUGCUGUCACCCAGGCCUCCCUGAGCAGGCACCACCAUCCGAUCGCCUCGCCAUGUCUGCACGCCCGUCGUGGUUCAGCAUCCCCCGCGGCUCGCACUUCUCGCUUGCGAACAUCCCCUUCGGCAUCAUCUCCACCGCGUCGUCCACGACACCGCGCGUCGCCGUCGCAAUUGGAGACCACGCGCUCGACCUCGCGGCUUUCGCUGCAGGCAACGGCUUCGCUGCGCUGUCCACGAUCCACCCGCAUCAAGCCGUCUUCUCCCAGCCGUCGUUGAACGCGUUUGCAGCCCUCGGCCGGCCCCUCCACUCGGCUGUGCGAAGCUACAUCCAGGCCGUGUUCGCCGCAGACACCCCAUGCCCUGAAGCCCUCAAGACCAAUUCGGCGCUCCAGAAGCAGUCUCUGCUGCCGCUCACCGACGUCCAGUGCCAUCUGCCCUUCAAGAUCGGGGACUACACCGACUUCUUCGUCGGCCUCAAUCAUGCCUACAACUGCGGCCUCAUCUUUCGGGGGCCCGCAAAUGCGCUCCAGCCAAACUACAAGCACCUCCCGGUGGGCUAUCACGGCCGAGCAUCGUCAGUAGUCGUCUCGGGAACGCCGAUCCGCCGCCCUCAUGGCCAGAUCCUGACAAACCCCUCGGCAGAGAACAAGGUUCCCACCUUCUCGCAAUGCAAGAAGCUAGACUUCGAGCUGGAGUUGGGCGCCUUUGUCUGCAGAGCGAAUAACCGGGGAGAACCGGUGCCCAUCGGCAAGGCAGAAGAGAGUCUGUUUGGCCUCGUCUUGCUGAACGACUGGUCAGCGAGAGACGUACAGGCAUGGGAAUACGUGCCUCUGGGCCCCUUCAAUGCGAAGAACUUUGGCACGACUAUCAGCCCCUGGGUUGUGCUGACGGAUGCCCUGGAGCCAUUCAAAGUCAAGGCUAUCGAGAAUGACGCCCAAGUGUUGCCAUACCUUAGGGAGAAGGACGAGAAAAGCGUCUACGACAUUCAGCUGCAGGUUGACCUGAAGACAUCAGCGCAAUCUGGAAACACGUCUACAAUCACCAAGACGAACGGUCGGCACCUGCUCUGGUCCUUCCCUCAAAUGCUGACGCACCAUACCAUCACUGGCUGCAAUCUCCAACCGGGCGAUCUGCUCGGUUCUGGAACAAUAAGCGGAACGUCGCUGUCGGAAUGCGGCAGUCUGCUUGAACAAAGCGAGAAUGGGAAGACCACAGUUCACAUUUCGGGCGGAGAGGAGAGAACGUUCCUCCAGGACGGCGACGAGGUUACCCUUACAGGGGUAUGUGGAUCGGACGAGGAAGCUUUGGUUGGCUUCGGUCAAUGUACCGGCAAGAUUGAGCCCGCGCUGACUCUCGAUUUUUGA